UGCUUCUUUCUCCCCACGCCAACCCGACACCGCGCGGUCGGCUCGGCUCGGCCAUCGCCAUCCCCGCCAGCAGCUCCCGUGCCGCUCGAGAUCCCCGCGCCAUGACGGUCGGCGUCGCUCUCUUGCUCGACCUCACCUCCCGCCUGCCCCGCGCCGGGGCGUCCGCCGCCGCGCAAUCCCACCACGGCCUCUCCGCCGCCGCCUUCGCCGCGACUGCCGCGGCCGCGUUCUCGUCCUCCGGGGUGCCCCUCUCCGCGCGCCACCUCUUCGGUUUUCAUGGGUUUACUGUUGCUCAUUGUGAUGCUGGCACAACUGCUGUAUGGAAUGAUGGUUCUGAUGAACUUGUUAAUGAGCUUAAUACCAAGAUUCUUGACUCCAUGCAAUAUGCAAGAAAAGACUACUUCCAAAACACAACAAAGGAAUACCCUUCAGAGCUGAAGCCACUCUUUUCUGCCUUUGGGUUGAAAAAUUUUACUAUCACAACCCUAAGGUCUUUUCUGUUAUAUUAUUUGCCACUCAUACAACCUAAACCUCACACUGAUUCUGAGGAUGAGGAUGACGAUCUGCUUCAUGAUGCUCAAGAGAAACCUGUGGAUCUGGUUACUCCCUUCUACAAUUCAGUGAAGCAAAUCAUGCGUGAGACUUCUAUUGUAACGACCAGACGAGUAUUGGAAAGGAUUGUAGUUCGUCAUGUUUCACAAAGAACAGCAUGGAAACUUCUCAAAGAUGCUUCAAAAUCAUCAAAAAGGAAAGCCGGAAGGGGAAUGUCAACUCCACAGUACACAUAUUGUGUUGCCAGAACUACUUUCCGAGCACAUGCACUGGGAGUAUCUGCUGCUUGGGUAGUGCAAUCCAUAAUUGAAGUAUACAGAUGUUUCAUCCGCAAGCCUAGCGAUGACUAUGAAGCACUACCAAGCGACAAUGAUGACCAGUAUUUUGAUAUGAAUAAAUUCAGAUUGUUUGGGAGGAAGAUUUAUGGGAUUACCAUCAAAAGUUGUUUCUCUUUGGUUUUGGCCUCAGUUGGAGCAGGCAUUGGUGCCCUCGUGCAUCCAGUGCAUGGACAAUGGUUUGGUUGUGCCUUGGGAGAUGUUGCAGGGCCAAUUAUUGCUAUAAUUGUUUUUGAGAAGAUGCAGCUGCCACUAUAAGAAACUGGAUUUUUGGGUCCUUUGUGCAAGCAUGGUCUUCAGUCUUCUCUGUGUUUGGAGAUCUCUGAUCUAACUUGAAAGUUCACAGUUGAUGAAUAACAACUUUCACUUCUAUGCUCUAGUUUGGUAGCUUCCUUGGAGAGGGGUCUUGUGAGACUUGAGCAUGUAUUUGCUAAAUUUUGUACUAUCUCAGAUUUUGGAACGAAAGAAUGAAGUUUGUAGAUGAACAUUUUUGUUAAUUGAAUCGGCAUAGUUCAUCACUGUUGUUUCCAUGCACCUAGUAACCAUUGUAUCGAUACUUCAUGCUGGCUGUGGAGGUACCACUGUUCCGGUACUGUAAGCAUUAUAAAUCGACGUGUACCAUUUUUCUGUUC